AGACGGAGUAAAGAAAAAGAAGAAGGCGAAGGAGAAGAAAAUUACAAUGAUGAUGAUUAGGAGUAGGAGAAGGAAAAGGAUCGAGGAGGGGGGAGAAAAAGAAGAGGAAGAUUAGAAAGAUAAAUAAGGGAAAAAUACCAAAAAAACAAACAAACAAAUAAUUUACUUCGGAAGCAGAAAAGUUGAAGAUAGAAGAAAUAAAAAUGAAGAAUAAGACGUGAAGGAUAAAACGAAAAAGGAUCUGCUUCAGUUACUCAUCAUAUUGAUUCGUUUUCUGUUUCAAAUCUAGAUUUAGAAUAUAGAGAAUUUUUUAAUGGGCAACCAAAAGAAAUAUAUGAAAAGAACCUGCAUUUUUUUUCUGUUUUAUUUCAUGAUGACUAACAUUUGUUAUUUCCCAAUCCACUGAAAAAGUAGUUUGCAAGGAAACACAUAUCAUACAUGCUAUAUAGAGGAUAUAAAAGUCAAAUAACGCGAAAAAGAAUUGCUUUGUGCCAAAUAUGUUGACUGGGUAACGAGUGUUUUUUUCCCAUAAACCAAUAAAAAGCUAGUAGCUAGGGCAUAGAAAAAUUCAAUAAAUUAACAACUUCGUAAUGAAGUGUUUUACCACGUGCUACUGCCACUCGGCGAGCGUUGAUGCCGAAUUAUUUAUAUAUAUGCCUCGGCCAGAGGGAAUCUUAAUUAAGAUGGCGGCUGCGGGCUUCAUGAUUCUCAGGCUAAUACAGAGAAAGCCAAUCCAGUUAUAAUCGAGAUCAGUGAUCCAAACCCAUGCUUGCUCUCCCUCCAGCAAAACACGUAUUGGUCAGUUUUUUUUACGUGUUUUUAUACAGGGUCGCUGUUCAUGCUGAGCCGCCUCCGCCUGUGUCUAUCGCCUGCAUGAUGGAAUCAGUCCUUUCUAUCAUGUCUCGUCUUGGGUUUUCCUAUUCUUUUUCUUCCCCAUAUACCCAUAUCCAAUAGCUACUCUCCUUUCGUCACUUUCUCCGUCUCUCCUCAUGACCUGCCCGUACCAUCAUCUCAUCUCUCCCUCCGGCAAAACACCCUACCCCUAAAAAUGGCUCCGGAAACACCCUACCCUCCGAAAGGCUGCAGAAAAACGAAAAAAAAAACGAAAAUGGUGAUGCACAAGCCACCUCAGACUGGCACCGACAAAAUUUAAUAGUGAAGAGACAUAAGUAGCAUCUCGCGUCCUCCAUGAGAAAAAAAAAGAAUUGAAAGGAAAAUGCAUCUGCUUGAGAAUAGUAAUAAGUUCAGAGAGAGAGAGAAAGGGGUGGACUUGGACAGGUACCGUUGUACUCCUUCCCUUGGAUCUCAUCCAAGGGGAAAAAACUGAAGAUCUAUGUUAUACAGUAUUCAUAUUAUUGACAUCUUUGAAAAGAAAGUGUAGAACUUAUUCAAUCAUAAGAGAUAAAUUAUUUAUAAGUAUAAAAAUAUCUUGAAAUAGGAAUAAAAUUUCAUAGAAUGUAUAAAGUGGCAAUAAUGAGAUAGUCGUUUGACUACCAGUGUGGUGUAAUGUAAACAUCUGUUCCUGCGCGCCAGCUUAACUUCAAGUCCUCUCGCCGUGAUGGAGUGGAACACGGAAAUUAGUCAAGCUCUCCUGGAGAAAGUUCGACCCCAAGAGGUGCUUUGGGAUGUUAAGCAUCCCGAUUUUCCCAAGAAAACUCUGAAGCGGGCCACUUGGGACACAGUUUGCAGGGAGCUGAGAGCUGAGCACCCUGAGGCCACCACACACCUCACCACAGAUGGUGUCAUGGCCAGGUUUACUUACUUGCGGGGUAACUUCCAAAAGCUGCUACGAGUGGUGGAGAGGACACCAAGUGGUUCAGGUGGGGAGGCAACGCCAAAAUGGGAAUUCUUCUCUGCGUGCUCAUUCCUACGCCCUGUUUAUGCAAAUUCCAAGAGCGAGCCUUCUAUCACUUCGCCAGUGCUGACACCCUCUGACACUACAUCUACAUCUAUGCUCACAUCUUCUCCCACUUUGUUUUAUGUCUCUCCACCUGUGCCUUCACCCUCUCCAUCCUGUUCUUCUGACAGUGUCUCUGUGUCGUCACCUUCUUCACCAACACUGUCCCCUACAGUGGUUGGGUUUAAGAGUGGGCCUCCAAGAGCCAAAAGGUCCAGAUAUAGUGAUUUCAAACAUGUGCAUAAUAUGGUAAUGGAUUCCUUAACAGAAUUAGAGACUGUACUGAAAGAAGUAGGUGAUAAAAAAAAGGAAACGCAUUCCAAUCCUGAAGAAUUGCUCGCUGAAAGAUCUGUGAAGGCUUUAAUGGCCUCAAUACCAGACUCGCAUCGCCAUCUUCGGAUAGAAUUCAAUACUAUACUUUUAAAUCUGAUUGCUCAAAUGUAUGAAAAAUACAAAAGUGAGACGAGCACUGAGUAAUGUCAUGCAUUACUUGAACUUAACUUUAAAAUUAUCAUGAAUAAUAUGUAAAUGAAUAUUAUUAUAUUUUUUUUAUCAAAACCCCUUGUGUUGUAUUAUUUACACCAUGGUCCUUGACCAGUACUGGCAUUGUUAUCAGUAAUUAUUGAAGAUAAUUCUUGUCUUAUAAAAUAAGUACAUUGUAAAAAUGUGAGAAUUGCUGCAAAAUUAUGUUAAGGAGCUUAUAUUUAUUGCAAGAGAUCAUUUCUUACCCUAAGUAACAUUCAUAGCCACACCCACCACUCAUACUGUGAGGGUAAAACUUACCAUAAAUUUCCUUCUCUCUGUUCCUUUAUCUCCAGUUUCCUUUCCGACCGUUCUAUCUCUGCUGUGGUAGAUCACUGUUAUUCCCCUAAACCUAUCAACAGUGGUGUCCCACAGGGCUCUGUCACAUCACCCACUCUCUUCCUGUUAUUCAUCAAUGAUCUCCUUUCCAUAACAAACUGUCCUAUCCACUCGUACACUGAGGACUCCACUCUGCAUUAUUCAACUUCUUUCAACAGAAGACCCUCUCAACAGGAAUUGCAAGACUCCAGACUGGAGGCUGCAGAAGGCUUAACCUCAGACCUUGCUAUCAUUUCCGAUUGGGGAAAAAGGAACCUUGUGUCCUUCAAUGCCUCAAAAACCUAAUUUAUCCACCUAUCAACUCGACAAUCUUCCAAACACCUAUCCCCUAUUCUUCAACAACACUCAGCUGUCACCUUCAACAAUAAAUAUCCUCGGUCUAUCCUUAGCUAAAAAUUUCAACUGGAAACUUCACAUCUCCUCUCUCACUAAAUCAGCCUCCUCGAGGUUGGGCGUUCUGUAUUGUCUCCGUCAGUUCUUCUCCCCCGCACAGAUGCUUUUCCAUAUAAGGGCCUUGUCCGCCCUCGUAUGGAGUAUGCAUCUCACGUGGGGGGGGGGCUCCAUUCACAGCUCUCUUGGACAGAGUGGAGUCCUCUUCAUCUCAUCAGCUCUCCUCCUACUGACAGCCUUCUACCUCUUAAAUUCCGCCGCCAUGUUGCAUCUCUUUGGAUGAAUUUCAGCACGGUACCGUGUCUUUUGUCAACUGCCUAUUGUGAUCCGUCCCACCUAAGUUUUUUUUUUUUUUUUUUUUAGUAAAUGACGCAUGUUUUGAAUUUGAAAAUUGCUUGAAAUAUUAAAGUUUCUUCCUGCACCCCUUGUAUGUCAGUACAUGCGAUAA